GUCUGACAAGUUGACUCGACAGAUUUUCACGCGCUUGUCUAGGGAUUUUUUUGAUAUUAAAGUUUAUAGCAGGCAAGAGAAGAACAACCUGAACAGCUGAUGCUCGACGAACACCGGCAAAAUGUCAAAACCCAAGCAAAUUACUCUACGAAUACAAUCUGCAGAGGGAACGAAACGAAUUCAAGUGAAUUCUGCUGACACAGUGUCAUCUCUUUUUGAAAAGAUAUACGAUGCCUUCGAUCUCAAUAGUUUUGGAUUUGGUCUCUACAAGCAGCGAAAUUACAAAGAUGAAAUUGUAUCUUCACGAAGUAAAAGUGUCUCGGAUGUGGGUUUAUCUCAUGGAGAUAUGCUUUAUUUUGCAUCUGUUAAUGGCAGAGUACCAUGGGAUGGUCCAUCAACCAGUAGUUCCUCUAAUAAUGUAACAGAAACGAGUCAAAUGGAUGUGACUCCGAGUACAAGUCGUACAUCUCAGGUUCAACCUGUAAUAAAUUCUUCACGUUCAUCUACAAGUGUUGUUGAGGACGAGGUCGAUCUACAAUUGUGGAAACAGGAUGGAAAGAUACAGAGAAAACGUGAUGAAAAAUUCUGUCGACAUGGACUGAAUGCUUGUUGCGUGCAUUGUUCCUCUCUUGAGCCGUUCGACGAAAUGUAUCUUAAAGAGCAAAAUGUUAAACAUCUUUCGUUUCAUUCGUAUCUUAGAAAAUUGACUGCUGGAGUUGACAGAGGAAAAUUCGUUCAACUUGAGGACAUAAGUUGUCGUAUUAAAGCUGGCUGCAAGGAUCAUCCACCAUGGCCUCGAGGAUUUUGCAGCAAAUGUCAGCCAAAUGCAAUAACAUUAAAUCGACAACAAUAUCGACAUGUGGACAAUGUCAUGUUUGAAAAUGCCAGUCUAGUUGAGCGUUUCUUGAAUUAUUGGCGUAGCACGGGACAUCAACGUGUUGGGUACCUUUACGGAAGGUACGAAAUUCACAGCGAUGUUCCUCUUGGUAUCAGAGCAGUUGUGUCCGCCAUUUACGAACCACCGCAGGAAAGUUCUCGAGACAAUGUCACACUUCUGCCUGAUGGAAAAGAAUCGUUAGUGAACGAGCUGGCUCACUCGCUAAAUCUUCGAAGAGUCGGUUGGAUAUUCACUGAUUUGAUUGCUGACGAUGUCAAAAAGGGCACUGUAAAGCAUGUGAGAAACAUAGAAAGUCACUUUUUGUCGGCGCAAGAAUGCAUUAUGGCUGGCUACUUUCAAAAUCAACAUCCUAAUCCGUGUCGGUUUUCAGCUAGUGGUAACUUUGGCUCGAAAUUUGUUACAGUUUGCGUUACUGGAGAUAACAAAAAUCAGGUGCACAUGGAGGGCUACGAAGUUUCGAACCAAUGUAUGGCGCUGGUACGAGAUGGUUGUUUGGUGCCUACAAAAGAUGCACCCGAGCUUGGCUACGUGAUUGAAUCUUCGGAUAAACAAUAUGUUCCUGACGUUUAUUAUAAGGAAAAAGAUUCAUAUGGAAAUGAAGUUUUGAGAUUAGCAAGACCACUGCCAGUGGAAUAUUUAUUAGUCGAUGUUCCGGCGUCAACUCCUUUGACACCUCAAUUUACUUUCUAUGCUAGUGAUACUAUCACUCCGUUCCCUGUUGAAAACAGGCUGGUCGACGGUCAAGUGCAAGAAUUUGAUUCAUUAUGUUCGUAUAUGCAACAAUUCAGUCCUGAUCAAUUUCUGGAAGCAGUUUCUGAUUUUCAUUUACUUCUUUUUAUUACAACGAUGGAUAUGCUACCAUUGAAGGAUCACAUGGCACCUCUCUUGGAGGCGAUUCGCACAAAUGAUAGACAAAAAGCCACGGAAUGGGCUCAUUCAGAGCAUUGGGCGACAGUUGAACAAUUGAUAUCAGCCACUGCAGCCUCUUCGCAUUCAUCACCCGGAGUGACUUUUGGAAAUACCACCCACUCGGCGUCUUCCUCAGGAAUUGGAGGUGUUGGAAUUGGCGUUGGACCAGGUCCAGUUAAUCCACCUCCAGAACAACCACUAUGGACAUGUCCGCACUGUACUUUCUUAAAUCCAGGCGAAUUGUCCUCGUGUGAAAUGUGCAGUUUGCCAAGGAUGGCGAUGUAAUUGUUUUUUUUGAAAAAUGGAAAUUUGAAAUGUGUGUGAAAAAUAAAAAUAUGGGAAUACGAGGAACACAAAAAAACGGCGUUAAUAAUCAUUGACUGAUAAUACAGUUAUUCCUAAUUAAAAGGGAAGUAUCCUCGGGAAUAAAAAUUUGCAAUUUGUAAGAAAAUAUGUUAACAAAAAAAAAAAAAGUUUUAACUGUGAUACAGGAAGGAUAAACUUUUUAAAGAAUAUCAGAUUGAUUGAGCUUGAAACAAUUGCAUGUGGAAUAUUAAAAGUGUAGCACUGAUUAUUGUGUGUGUGGGGAAAUUAUAUCUAUUUUGUUGGUACCAAACUUUUAGAAUGAUUUUCUCGUUCAUAUAUUAUUAAUGACUUUUUAGUAAUUGAAGUGUAUACUUAUUACACAAUCUAUGUAGUUAAACAAUAAAAAAACAGAUUUAAGACAUUUUAAUUGAAAUUAA